CAGAAGUGCCAUCCACAUCCUAUUACAGACUUUAUUCAUCUCCUCGACAUCCUAAAGGCUUUCACUUUUGCCCUCCCAUGGAUCAGCCAGGGCAGCAAGGACCUCCAGGGAGGAGAGCAGGGCCCAAUGAAAGACGUCCUUUGCAGGAAGACAGACUUCCCUGCUCCCCAAUGGUUGGAGGAUCCUGGAAGACUGGCGAACCAGGAGGCCUCACCAGAGCAGGCUUUGCCACAACAACCCAAUCAGCCAGGGGAGCAAGGACCUCCAGGGAGGAGAGCAGGGCCCAAUGAAAGACGUCCUUUGCAGGAAGACAUAGACUUCCCUGCUCCCCAAUGGUUGGAGGAUCCUGGAAGACUGGUGAACCAGAAGGCCUCACCGGAGCAGGCUUUGCCACAACAACCCAACCAGCAGCCACCUGGAGGCACUGGAAGACAGGAGAACUAGAGAACAGCAUUCCCCAUGAUUGUCACUCCAGGAGGACAUGGACUUUCAUCUUUUUUCAUGGCUGGAGAGUGUAGCAGUCCAUAGAAGGUGGAGAGCAGCUGGAAAGCAUCACUAUUCCACGAUCAUACAAAGCAUUUUCUCUGGGAAAUUAUGAAUUUCUGUUUAAAAGAUUAAUAAAACUACUGUCUGAAACAACAA